AUGGCUAAUUUGGCGAACACUGUGGAAGCUAAUGCUGCUAUGACUCUGCAAGCUAUGAAAAGGUUAAGCCAACCGGCUGGAAAUGGCAACGGAAAUAGUGAAGGGAAUGUGAAUGAUAAUGUUGAGGGAAAUGGAGAUAAUGCGGGAGGUGCCCUGAUGACCUUGGUGACUUUUCUCAAGGUUCAUCCGCCAAUUUUCCGAGGAUCAACUAAUCCUACUGAAGCGGACAACUGGAGAGGCCCAGCAUUGGUGACGGCGUUCUACAAGAAGUACUUUCCUGAGUCUGCAAGGGAAGCGAAGGAGAUAGAACUGAUGCAGCUGAAGCAAGGUUCUUUGUCAGUGGCAAACUACACAAAGAUUCGUACCUUCUCCGAUUUGGUAAAUAAGGCAAGGGUGGUGGAGGAGUAUGCCAAGACAGUAGCGGCCUCUAACGAUACUCAUGGAGGGAAUACAAGUAAGGGACGUGGCAAGUAUUUCCAUCCGAGGUGUCAAAGUUUCAAGAGAGGACGAUAUGCGCCUCAAGGUCAAGGAGGCUUCAAAAAGAACACACAAGAUCAAUUUCAGCAUGGCAACAGGAGAGAAAAUCAGAGUAAGAUUUCUCCGGAUUUAACUUGUGUGCGUUGUGGACGUUUUCACCCAUAUGACUCGUGCAAAAUUGGUUUAGGUGGUUGUUUCAACCGUGGAUUGCCUAGCCACAUUGAGAGGGAUUGCACUCGUAGGAAGAACUCGAAUGCAGGACAGAGUCAACAUCAAGGUCGAGUUUUCGCUGUGAAUGCCAAUGAUGCUUCUAUGGAGGAUCCGUUGAUGAGAGGUAUAUGUUUAAUUGGUGGUAAAACAUUAAUUGCAUUAUAUGAUACUGGAGCAUCACAUUCGUUUAUUUUAUUUGCUAAAGUUGAGAGAACAAAACUUGUAUAA